CCGAAUCUUCACUCCAGCCCAAUCUCUUCGCUUUCUUCAGGUCCGUUGCGACAUACAUCGACAACAACACCCACAAUGUCGCACCGAAAGUUCGAAGCGCCUCGCCAUGGCUCGCUGGCUUUCUUGCCACGCAAGCGCGCAGCCCGCCACCGAGGAAAGGUCAAGAGCUUCCCUAAGGACGACCCCAAGCAGAAGUGCCACUUGACUGCCACCAUGGGCUACAAGGCCGGCAUGACCACCAUCGUCCGCGACCUCGACCGUCCUGGCGCAAAGUUGCACAAGAAGGAGAUCGUCGAGGCAUGCACUGUCAUCGAAACUCCUCCGAUAAUCGUCGUUGGUUUGGUGGGAUAUAUCGAGACUCCUCGCGGCCUCCGCUCAUUGACCACUGUGUGGGCUGAGCACCUUUCGGACGAAGUCAAGCGCCGCUUCUACAAGAACUGGUACAAGAGCAAGAAGAAGGCUUUCACCAAGUACGCCAAGAAGCACGCCGAGGACAGCGGCAAGAGCAUCACCCGUGACCUCGAGCGCAUCAAGAAGUACUGCACUGUCGUGCGUGUGCUUGCCCACACCCAGAUCUCCAAGACUCCUCUCAAGCAGAAGAAGGCCCACCUCAUGGAGAUCCAGGUCAACGGUGGCUCCAUCGCUGACAAGGUCGAGUUCGGCCACGGUCUCUUCGAGAAGCCAGUCGAGAUCGACACCAUCUUCGAGCAGGACGAGAUGAUCGACUGCAUUGCCGUCACCAAGGGUCACGGUUACCAGGGUGUGACCAGCCGUUGGGGCACCAAGAAGCUUCCGCGCAAGACACACAAGGGUCUCCGCAAGGUCGCUUGUAUCGGUGCAUGGCAUCCAUCGCACGUGCAAUGGACUGUUGCCCGUGCUGGUCAAAUGGGUUACCACCACCGUACUUCUGUCAACCACAAGGUCUACCGCAUUGGCAAGGGCUCUGACGAGGGCAACGCCACUACCGACUUUGACCACAGCAAGAAGACCAUCACACCUAUGGGUGGCUUCGUCCGCUACGGUGAGGUCAAGAACGACUUCGUCCUCCUCAAGGGUUCCGUCCCAGGUGUGAAGAAGCGAGUCAUGACCCUCCGCAAGUCCAUGUUCAUCCACACAUCCCGCCGUGCCCUCGAGAAGGUCGAGCUCAAAUGGAUCGACACAUCCUCCAAGUUCGGUCACGGUGCCUACCAAACGCCUACCGAGAAGAAGCAGUUCGUCGGUACGCUCAAGAAGGACUUGGUCACUCAGGCAUAAGCAGCUUCAGCGUCAAGCUUGUCGAUUGUUUUUGUCUAGCGUCUCACGAAAAGAAAAGGGAUGGGAGGGAGCAUGGUGUUGGCGUUCUUCCAUCGUCAUCCUUCAAAGUCAAGCCAUGGCUAUGCAGUACCUGUUUAGAGCUCCUCGGCGUAGGCUUCACAGGACUGUAUACUAGUACGCUACUACCGCCACACUACCUUUGGGGGUCCAUCGGCUUGCAGGGUAGUUUGUUUCGAAAUGAUACCAACGAACGUUCUACCUUCUUGUCGUUUAUUAUUCGUCGUGCUGCUCAGUCUUGGUUCGCGUGCCCAUGUCGUGUACUCCUGUGCUCUCUACGUGGUACUGUGGUAUUUGACACAAUACCCUACCGACCUCUUGCCUUGAUAUUGUGUAGAAGUAUGCCUUGCCUCCCUGUUGCCUGCCCCUUCCCGCCAUUGUGCUUGCUGAGUGAAUAAAGAAAUCUGAAGCUGUGAGCUUAUUCACUGCAUAUCCCAC